CCCGGCCACAGGCCCUGCCGAGGACGGACCCGCUCCAUGCUCUGGGAGACCACUUGAUACCAGAGGGCUCCGCGCCCAGCUGCCAGUCUGAGAGACACCGCGGCACCGGCAGCGAGGCUUUUCAGAAGGUGGUAGCUGAGAUUUCACUGCAGAACCAUUAAACCCUUGAAAAAAAUGACAGAAAGUGGAGGGCAGGAACAGUCAAGAUGGAUAACAACAGUUAUUAUGAGUACAGCUCUGCAGAAUCAUGAAAUUUCUACAGUUCUACAGAGGCAACAACACAGAGUUCGAUAUUCAGAAUCGGUGGAAACUGGAUCCGUGAUUUUUUCUCUUUCUGGUAUUGCAUUUAUACUGGCAGACACUCAAGAUUUGCUUAUGACAGGGGAAGAACAGUUUUUCAAAAGAAUUCAGAAGUUCAUAAGCAUUCAUCGGAACAGUUUUUUGGUUUUGUCAGCUGCUCUUCAUGGACCAGAAGAAUGGAAUGUCAUCUUCAGGAUUCAGAGAAGAUUCCUGGGUAGUAAUUUACGUAUAAUACCAGUUCAUAAUACUGCUGAAACGGUUAAGUUAAUGCUAACUAUAGCUAAGAUAACUUCCAAGCCAGGAGCAGAUGAUAUUCGUUACAAAAUGGCAAUGACAAAAGCACAAAUAAUAGAAAACAGUCCAGUUUGGAAGAUGCUUCACGAGCACCAGUUGCAUUGUAAUUAAUUUAGUAUUUGGGGUUUUUAUUCAUAAAUAGAGUGGCUACAUUUUAAACAAAAUAUAGAAUGUUCUUAAACAUAGUUACAUUUCAAAAGACUGUAUAUACAACUUGUGCAUUUGGAAUGAAAAUUUAUAUUAAA